AAAAAAAAAAAAAAAAAAAACGAAGGAAAGGAAACAAGACGAGGGGCGUCGCGGAUAGAUCCGAUCCUGAGUCGCGAUUCCGAGGAGCGGGGGCGGCGGCGACGAAGUGGAAGGCAACGAGGAGGUACCGACAGUAGCUCCCAGACAGUGACUCCGCGCGUAACGACAUGUAACCGGUUGAUAAGUUUGUUCACGGUGUUAUGUCAUCGAUGACAAUUGUUGGACGAGCGCGAUUUCAUCGUGGUCGAUCGGUGCGUCGGUCGAGGAACAUAGAAUCGCUAUCUAUGAAUCGAAGUGGAAAGAAAUAGUAAACAAACAAAUAUCGAAAGAGGGGGAAAGGAGGCACAAGAAAAAGGACAGAGGGAUAUAGAGAGAGAGAGAGAAGGAGCGCUUGGUUGGAAACGGACCUUGAAGUCGCGAAGUCGGGACAGUGGAAAGGAUUAAAGAAUUUCGAGGAGAGAGAUUUAGGGUGCGACAAGGCCGGCGCAACCACCGUGUAACCAGCGAGAGAGAGGAAAGAGCCUCGCGGACAAAGAGAGAGAGAGAGAGAGAGAGGCGAAUGUUGGAGCGUUGGAGAGAAGCUCGACGGGUCGAACGUACUCAGUGCUGCCAGCCGAGUAAGCUCGACGGAGUCGACGCCGCAAGCUCGAUGCAAAUCGACAUUUCUCGUGCACGGAUAGAGACGUACGUGCCUCGUGGGUGAAAAUCGACGCAAGUGAAUGAUUUCAUUUUUUUUUAAUCUAAUCCAAAUCUCUCUUACAAAUAUUAAACAUCCCAAAAGUCUGCCCUCGAAAACUCGCCUUCUUCUUUCCCCAGCCUCCCUUGGUGUCGCGUGGCUUUCCCCUCUUCUUCUUCUUCUUCUUCUUCUUCUUCUUCUUCUUCUUCUUCGUCGAGAAGGGGUUCCGGUUUACCGAAAGAAUACGUGGGGGAGUGUGUCAUGUCCGGUGCAUCUUGGUCGCGAAAGUGGUGGGUCAACAAUGUCAAUGCCCUUGAGAUCGAUCGUCGCCGCUUGCUCAACGAAACCGACUUGUUGUUUGUUAAUGGACGGUGAGAAAUUGACUUCGGGGUGAGUCGAGGCCGGGGAAGGGGGGAGGGAAGGGGGGGAGGAGGAGGGUGCGCGGGGUGAAUGCCUGCCCGUGAUACGAACUAAUUACUCAGUCGAUGGAGCCACCACGGCACGGAGAUACACGUUGACGGGGAGACGGGGACACGUUUCAACGAUGUGAUCUACCGAUAAAGAUCCUCUCGUUCUUUAACAACGACUGCAAUAAAGAAGGAAUAUUUCGAAAUUACUCUCGAACGGAUAUCACGCUACUAUUUUGAUGCACAGUGUGGUUCCUCGUGGAAAGUUUGUUUAUUUGAAGGAAAGAGAAGGGGAAGGCGGGCAGAGAAGGAGAGAAGGAAGUCGCCUCGGUGGACGGGUGGCAGAGUAACAACCGCUCGUUGGAUGGAGUGAUGAGCGGGGCCCCUGCACGGGGCACAGCGCCCCGUCGUCAAAGGCGUCAUCAUCACCACCACCACCACCACCACCACCACAAGCAUCAGAGGCAGGCUUACCGGGGGGAGGAGGAGGAGGAGGAGGGGCCGGGGGAGAAGCGGCCGAAGGUGAACCCGAUAUUUCUCUGGGCCUCGCAGAGGGAGCAGAGGAUCGUCGAGGUGAGAUGCGAGGACUACGACAAGAGGAAUCGCAUCAAGCUGACGAAGACGGCGCAGGGAUGGCGUUCGAUACCGAGGACGGCGUCCAACAUGCUGGGCAUCGCCGCAGCCGCAGCCGCAGCCGUGCACAAGACGCAGAGCGGCGCAAACUCCUCUUCGAGUUGCUCGAAAGUCGCAUCGGGGGGCGAGGGGGCGCGAAAACUCGCGGGCAAGAGGGGGCACGUGGCGAAGGGAUCGGCCCCCCCGAACGGGCGGACCAAUGGCUUGGCCGCGCGAGGGGGGCACGUUGGGAGGAAGAGGAGCCGCGAUGAGGCCGGAAAGUGUCGGCAGACAGCUUACGGCUUCCCUCUGGAGGAGAUGAGGAACAACGCGAAUUGGGACGAGGAACGGCGAAGGGUGCGUUGCUUGGACGAGGACGAGGACGAGGAGGAGGAGGCAGAGAGGGGGGCGGAGGAGCAGGAGCAGGAGGAGGAGGAGGAGGAGGAGGAGGAGGAUGAGGAUGAGGAUGAGGAGGGGAAGGGGGGGGAGGAGGAAGGAGGCGGGAACGAGGGGAAGGAGGAAGGGAAUGACGGAAUAUCGGAGAAAGAGGAGGCGUGGAGAGGUGGAAGUAGGAAGGAAAGGAGGAACAACAAGCUGGAAAGGCUGCAGAGGGACAAGCUGUUCCAACCGCGAGUCGUGUUGGAGCAGCUACACUUUUCCCGAUUGCCCGAGGGCGUUCAUCGGAAUGUCCUUCAGGGGAGGAAGGGGGAGACGAGCGGGGAUGAGGACGACGUGGAGGAGGAGGAGGAGGAGGAGGAGGAGGAGAGGAGGAGGAGGAGGAGGAGGAGGAGGAGAAGGAAGGCCGCGGACAGCGAAAAGGGAAGGAGGCACGGGAACAAGGCGGGCAUUCAGGACAUAUUGAACAUGAUCGAUGUCACGGCCUCCCCGGUUCUAGCCACCGACACGCCUAGCGCCGAUCUCCCCGUCGAUUCCACGAAAACUUACGACCAGGUUCUCGAGGGCAAAGCGAACGAUCCCCCCCCUCCGGAACUCGUCCAAGAGCAACUGGCCGCGAACAGGGGGCUCGGGGAGCAAUCGUCGAGGGCGGCCACCACGUGCGACGCCGUCUCCAGCUAUCAACAACACGCCGACCCGUUAAUCAACAAAAGCAACGCGGACAACGUUGCCGAGGGUAAAAUCGAGAUACACGGGGAGAAAAUUCUCGGUUAUCGGGAGACCGAGAGCGAGGAGGACGAGGAGGGCGAGGAGGACGAGGAGGACGGAGACGAGGAGGAGGAGGGGAGCGUUGGACGAGCGAAGGACGAGGUCGUUAUUGUUUCCAUGAAGAGCGACGAGGGCGAGUCGAAGCAAUCCGCGUGCAAGAUCGCGGAAGCGGACGGUGGCGUUGGGAGUCGGGGGAAACGGGGGCCGAACCCUCGCGGGUGGAGGAGGGGGGAGGAGGAGGGCGGCCAGUUGGAAGAGGAGCGUCCCGACGAUCCCGGCGAACCCGUGAAGAUAACGGACUACAACGACAGCUCGAAGAUCCUGAACGCGUUGAGGAACACGCCCGGCCUCUCCGUCUCCAUCACGAGGACCCACACCCCCGAAAUGGCCAAGUGCGGGCCAGCGGCGCCGAGGCCCGCCUCGAAGGCGUCCUCGUCCAGCCGCUCGCCCGACUCCCAAGCCGAGUGCGUGGAAAGGUUGUUGAAGAGCGGCAACAACAACAAUCCUGCCGAUUCCGCGACCGAGUCCUCCCACCAGGAUCGUAUCAACGCCACCACCACCACUUCCACCUCUACUUCCACGUCCACCUCCACCUCCACCUCCACGCCCCCGAAAAAUCUUCCCGGUUUGUCCAUCAUCAUCCCGAGUUAUCGAUACCGAAAUUCUCAGGCGAUCGCGAGUCGUUCGUCGCCGAGCGCGAAGUCGCGAGUCGAAUCCCCCGAAAGCACGGUGAAUUUCCCGAAGAGCGAGGGUUACGGGGGCGGGGAGGUCGAGUCGAGGUUGGAGGGAUUCUUUCACGAGGAGGAGGAGGACGAGGAGGAGGAGGAGGAGGAGGAGGAGGACGAGGAGGAGGAGGAGGACGAGGAAAGAGACAUGGAGGAGGAGGAGGAGGAGGAGGAGGAGGACGAUUGCGACUCGCAAGUGUUGGAGGAUCUGAGACGUCAGAAUCGAGACUCGCUGGAUUACUUCCACAGGCAGGGCAUAGGGAACUCGGAGGAGCGUUCGAAGGCAGCCGAGGGGGGGAAGAAGGGCGAGGCGCGAAGGAUGAGCUCGAGCGGGAGGAGCAGCGAGGCGCAGGCGAAGUGCAAGUAUCAGGACGUGGAACACUUCGACGAGCAGGUGCUCGAGGAGCUGAGAACUCGUGGCACGGUUGUGUCCCCCCAGCCGAGCGGUAUACCGUGUUCCCCGGCCUCGAGGAGGCCCUCGUCCGCCUACCUCGAGAGGUUGCUGCCGAGCCCUCCUUGCUCGGUGUCCUGUUCCGAGGACGCGAAGAACGAUUUGACGUUGAAGGGUAUACUGUCCUCCCCGAACCAGAUGGAGAUGAGGGAUCACGAGAAGCAGAAGGAGAUCUCGAACAGGUGCGAUCAGGUGCCCAGCGACCACCUUCCUACCCGCCUCGAUCACCAUCCAUCGAGGGGGAGGGGGGGCAAAAGUUGUCUCCAAGAGCGGUCGACCGUUCACGGUCAGGAGGUGAGGAACUGUGGGAGGCCGAUGUCGAGCGGUGACAUUCACAGUAGCACGUAUUUCGCGGGGGCGGAGCGCGGGGCCAAGAGGCCCAUGUCGGCCGAGUGGUCCGUAUGCGGUAGGCAAAAGAGCCAGUCCACGUGUCAGAGGGGUGCGAAGGUGCGGGUGCAUCAAGUUAUGGAGGAGGGUUGCGCCACGUCGACCAGCACCGACAAGCUUCUCGAUCCCGCUAGUCAACUUAGAGAAUUGAUCGAGACGUCGGGACACCUGAUACCGGACCCCCUACUCGUUCCCAGGGACUAUCUGCCGGGCCUCGCGGCCGCCCCGGCCGCCGAGAUCCCCAAACUGUUGGCCUCGAGGCCCGAGCUCAGGUUGCCGGAAGCGUUGACCAGGCCGGAUCUCCUCCGAGACCCGGAUCUGUUGGUGAUAUCGUUGGCCCAUCUUCAGCACGUGCUAGAUCACGGCGAGGGGCCGGUGUCCAGGUCGCGGCAAUCGUCGCAUCCGAGGAUCAACAACGGGGCGAGCAACAAAGGGGGGCCCGGUGGCCACGCGAGCAACGGGAGGAAGAACGCGCUGCAAACGAGGCCCAAGCUCAGCUGCAAACCGAUCGGCACCCUGAUGCCAGCGCCGAUCGAUCUGUCCAGCAGCCGAAGGACCAAUACCUAUCUACCGUUGCUCAGGGUGAGGAGCGGUUUGCUUAAACAGGAACCGGAAGUCAGCUCCACGGCAAGUUCGCCCGACGAGUCGCAACUUUGGCAUCCUUUGUUCGGCAGCCAGAAGAGGCAGCAACAACACCACCAACAGCACCAGCAACAACAGAAUCAACACAGCCAGCAGCAGCAACAGCAGCAGACCACCUUGGCGUCCUGA